AUGGAGCAACCGCCUCAGCAGUGCCCUGGCGCCCAGAUGGUCACCACCACCAGCAGCUCCUUCACGGCCAGCUUCUCCCCGGCCGGCGCCAGCACCCUCGCCUACGACAGGGAGUUCCUGCGAACCGCGCCCGGCGUCCUCAUGCUGGCCGAGAUCGUGCUAGGGCUGCUGGUAUGGACACUGGUCGCUGGAACAGAGUAUUUCCUGUAUCCUGCCUUCGGCUGGGUGAUGUUUGUAGCCGUAUUUUACUGGGUUCUUACUGUCUUCUUUUUAAUCAUCUACAUGACAGUGACCUACACUAGGAUUCCCCAGGUGCCAUGGACCACGGUGGGUCUAUGCUUUAAUGGAAGUGCCUUUAUUUUGUACCUCAUUGCUGCCAUUGUAAAUUCAUCUUCAGUUACCAAUGAGCAGAACAGCCACAAUUACAACAGCUGGGCAGCUUCUUCAUUCUUCGCCUUUGUGGUUACCUUCUGCUAUGCAGGAAAUGCCUAUUUUAGUUUUAUAUCUUGGAGAUCACGGACCUCACAGUAAAUAUUUUGUUUAAAAAAAAAAAAAAAAUGUGGAUAUAAGAUCUCAGGAAGAUUGUACUAUGUGACCGAAAGGUUGGAGUUUUGUAUACUACUUUUCAUUAGAAUUGAUGAGAAAAUUAUUUAAGCUGUAAUUAAAAUGGAUACUUAUUUAUAAUAUACUAUUGCCUCUAGUGAUGACUAACAGAUUUUCUCUGUAUUGUAUGAUAAAGUAGUACAAGUAGCAAAAUUUCAUACUGUCUUUUAUCUUUUAAAAUUAACAUGGUAUUUUCCUAGAAAUUAUAUAGCUAUAGUAAUUAAGCUGCUAAUAAAACCUACUCAGAUGAUGUGCCAAUUUUUUCAAAUUUAACUAUUUUUAAAUGUCACGGCUGUACUUUCUGAAUAAAUGCCACAAAAUAAAAGAUGAGAUUUCGAUAUUAUCUCAUUCUUUGUGUGCAUGAAAAACUAAGCACAAGAAUGCUUUAAAAUAAAUGUCCUGAGUUUGAAUGUAUUCAACUUUUUUGCGGGGGGGAGAGACACUUUUUUUUCAUUCAGAUACUAUGCAAAACCCUGAUCUUCCCAAUUUGUGUAUUCCAUUCCAUCUACAAUCACCUUUCUGCUCUCCAACGAGGAGUGCUGCAAUAGAGCCUAUUAACUGAGCUCCAAAAUUAGCCAGAGGGACUGUUGCGUCAAGAAGAUGAGCACAUUACCUUUGAUAGUGUUCUUGUACCCAACAGGCCUAAGGAUCACGAGAUGUGGAGCCAAGAACUGA